AUGAAAACUCUUUAUGGUAUAUCAACAGUUAUAAAAGAUUUUAUAAAAAUACCUGAAAUUAAUGAAAAUUUUAUAACAGAAAAAAAUUAUAAUCAAAAAAUAACUGAAAAUUUAAUGAACCACAUAAAAAUCAACAUAAAAACAAAAAUUAAUUCAAAAAUAUUUAAUGAAUCGGUUAAAAAUAUUGAAAUAUUCCAAAAAAACAAUGGUUUAGACGUAUUUAACACAGAAGAGAGUAAAAAUUGCAUUUAUACAACGGAUAAUCAGACUAAUACAGCGGAAAAACGAAUUCCUAACGGAAUUUAUCAGAAAUUUGCAGGAAUAAUAAUACUUAUGUAUAAUUAUAUACAAAACAGAAUUUAUUAG